AUGGACAUGGCCCUGGUAGACUUUGGGAGCCUAGAUGACCUUGACAUUGGCCUUGAGGAUGAGGACACUUACACGGAUGAGACCACAGCUCUUACUGUGGACAUACAAGCCCCAGAUCAUGAAAUGCAAGGUGGCACCUACCGACUGCGAGCGCCACAGAUUGCCGCAUGCACACCAUCCCAACCCAGUCCUGUUCCAUCGUGCAUGUGGGAAUCCACAUCCACAACACCACUGCCAUUUAUACAAACGUUGGAGGUGCCCCAUUCCCCAAUGCUCACUCCAAGCCUAGGUGGCAGAAGUAGUCGCUCUAGUAUGAUCUCCAAUUGGAAGCUGCUCCUAAGUAGUGAGUGCACAAAAGAAAGUGAGGCAAUCUUUAGCCAACUUGCUAAAGAGUGUUGCGAAGACAUUUUCGUCGAUAAAAGAGGGCUGGAUGAUGGAGACCAAAAAGUCAUUAUUAACAUCGCCGGUCUUCGCUUUGAAACUCAGCUCAAAACAUUGGACCAAUUUCCAGAUACACUGCUGGGAGACCCUCAGAAGAGGAUGGACUAUUUUGAUCCAAUGAGGAACGAAUAUUUCUUUGAUCGGAAUCGACCUAGCUUUGACGGGAUUUUGUAUUACUACCAGUCUGGGGGCAAAGUCAGGCGUCCAGCCAAUGUUCCUCUGGAUGUGUUUGCUGAUGAAAUAUUGUUUUACGAGCUUGGAAGUGAAGCCAUGGAGCAAUUUCGAGAUGAAGAAGGAUUUCUUAGGGAUGUUGACAUACCCCUCCCUAAUAAUGACAUUUCCAGACAAUUCUGGCUGCUAUUUGAGUAUCCAGAAAGCUCCAAUGCUGCUCGGUGUGUUGCACUGGUGUCCGUGCUUGUCAUAGUCAUAUCCAUCCUUAUUUUCUGCAUUGAAACACUACCGAUAUUUAGAGAUGACACUGACAUUGUUGUGCCCAUGACCAUAAAGCCUCUCAACUUAUCAAGAGCUUACACUUCUGCAGCACCACCUGGUGUAAUGCCCAUCGUUUUCUCUGAUCCCUUUUUUGUUGUUGAGACUGCCUGCAUUGGCUGGUUCUUUUUUGAGCUAUGUAUCAGAUUUUUGGUCUGCCCAAGCAAAAGAGAUUUUUUCCACAAUCUUAUGAACAUUAUUGAUAUCAUAUCCAUUAUCCCUUAUUUUGUCACUGUGGUGACGGAACUAAUCACAAAGCCUGAAGAGAGUUCUGGACAGAAUAUGUCUUUGGCCAUUCUACGGAUUAUACGCCUGGUCAGGGUGUUUCGUAUUUUCAAACUCUCGCGCCACUCCAAGGGGCUGCAAAUCCUGGGACAGACUCUUAAAGCCAGUAUGCGAGAACUUGGCCUACUCAUCUUCUUCCUUUUCAUUGGAGUUAUCCUUUUCUCCAGCGCUAUCUACUUCGCUGAGGUAGACGAGCCUAAUACACAGUUUGUUAGUAUUCCUGACGGUUUCUGGUGGGCAGUGGUGACCAUGACAACAGUAGGCUAUGGGGACAUGUGCCCCAUCACUUUAGGCGGCAAAAUGGUUGGGACAUUGUGCGCCAUUGCAGGUGUACUGACCAUUGCGCUACCCGUUCCUGUUAUUGUCUCCAAUUUUAACUACUUCUAUCACAGAGAGAAUGAAGCUGAGGACAAGCUGUCCUUGGAAAAUGCUGUUGAGCGAGCCAUGAUGAUGGACAUGGGUAUAAAACAAAGGAGCAGCACCUCACUAAAUAAAGCCAAUGGUAUUUGA